AUGGCUAUGUCUCCUUUGGAUAAUGUCUCAGUAGAUUUCCAGAGAAUACUAACCAAUGUCAAAACAUGGAACUACCAGCAUAUCCUGGCCUUGGUAUUUGCUGUCAAGGAGAUCAAUGAGAACCCCAAGAUCUUACCUAAUAUCACACUGGGAUUCCACAUCUAUGACAAUUACUUUGAUGAAAGGAUGACCUACAGGGCUGCUCUGAACCUUCCCUCUAACCUUAUACCCAACUACAAGUGCAACAUCCAAAAACGCCUGAUGGCAGUUAUUGGGGGACUGGACUUUGAUUCCUCGCUCCAAAUGGCAAACAUCUUGAGCAUCUACAAGAUUCCCCAGCUCACUUAUGGCUCCUUUGCCCCAGAGGAUGCUGGUCAAAGCGAAUCCACUUCCUUCUACAAGAUGGUGCCCAAUGAAGCCCAUCAGCACACUGGGAUUGUUGAGUUACUUCUGCACUUUGGUUGGACAUGGGUUGGGUUGCUUGCUGCAGAAAGUGGGGAGAGAUUUAUUCAGACCCUGAAACCUCUGCUCUCCCAGAAAGGCAUUUGCUUGGCCUUCGCAGAGACAAACCUGAAAACGACACAUUUGGCUGAGUAUUAUGACAUGUAUUUCCAGUUGAUCCCAAUUUAUCAAGCUAUUAUGGAAAGUAAAGCCAAGGUGGUGGUUGUCUAUGGAGGAACAAAGUCCAUGCUUGCAUUGCGAACAAUGGUAGUACUAGGUGAAAUGGAAAAUGUGACCCAGACAUCUGAAGGCAAGGUGUGGAUUCUGACAGCACAACUGGAUUUCACAGCAUUGAGCCAUCAAAUGACCUGGGAUAUGCAAGCCUUCCAGGGUUCCCUCUCCUUUGCAGUUCAUUCAAAUGUGGUACAAGGAUUCAAAGCCUUUCUGGAGGCACAAAAUCCUUUUGCGGCAAAUGGAAAUGGCUUUGUCAAGCAGUUAUGGGCACAAGUCUUUCCCUGUUCAUUUCCAAACUCCAGUACAGAGGAGCAGGCCCGUGAAGCCUGCACCGGAGAGGAGAAGCUGGAAGAUCUCCCUUCGUCUGGCUUUGAGAUGAGCAUAACUGGUCACAGCUAUAGUCUCUAUAAUGCUGUCUAUGCCAUAGCACAUGCUCUACAUGCCAUGUUCCUGCCUGGAGCCAAAUAUAGAGUAGUGGUGGAAGGAGAGAUGCAGGAGCUUCACCCUUGGCAGCUCCACCCCUUUCUUAGGAGUGUCUCAUUUAACAACUCUGCUGGGGAAACGGUAUCUUUUAGUCCAAACAGGGAAGUAGAAGCUGGCUUUGAUAUUACCAACCUGGUCACUUUUCCAAAUAACUCCUUCAUGAGAGUCAAGGUUGGAAGGGUGUCACCCCUAUCGGUCUGUAACCCAAGUUGUCCUCCUGGUUCCAGGAAGGAAAAGAAGGAGGGGGAGCCAUUCUGCUGCUAUGAUUGUGCUCCAUGUCCUCAAGGCAAGAUUUCGUCCCAGAAGGACAAGGAAGAUUGCGUUGCGUGCCCCGAAGAUCACUAUCCAAACAUGGAACAAUCACAAUGCAUUCUAAAGACCAUCAGCUUCUUGUCUUUUAAAGAGCCUCUGGGGAUGAGUUUAGCAUUGUUUUCCCUUUCUCUCUCUCUCCUCACAGUGGUGGUACUAGCCAUCUUCAUUAAACAUCAGGACACACCCAUUGUCAGAGCAAACAACCGGGACCUCACCUACACACUCCUCACUUUCCUCCUGCUCUGCUUUCUCUGCCCAUUGAUCUUCCUCAGCCCACCAGAGAGAGUGAGCUGCCUGCUCCGACAAAUGGCUUUUGGCCUUGUUUUCACAGUGACCGUUUCUUGUGUGCUGGCCAAAACUAUCACGGUGGUUGUGGCCUUUGUGGCCACCAAACCAGGAUCCAGAAUGAGGAAGUGGGUGGGGAAAAGACUUGGAAGCGCCAUUUUGCUUUCUUGUUCCCUUAUCCAAGCGGGCAUUUGCACUGUGUGGUUAGGAAUGUCUCCCCCAUUCCCUGAUUCUGACAUGCAGUCUGCAAUGAGGGAAAUCAUUUUAGGCUGUAACGAAGGGUCAGUUGCCCUGUUUUAUUGUGUCCUGGGCUACAUGGGAUUUUUAGCCAUUAUCAGCUUUGUUGUGGCCUUUUUUGCCAGGAAACUGCCUGACAGCUUCAAUGAGGCCAAAUUCAUCACCUUCAGCAUGUUGUUGUUUUGUAGUGUUUGGAUCUCCUUUGUUCCGGUCUACCUGAGCACCAAGGGGAAAUACAUGGUGGCUGUGGAGAUCUUCUCCAUCUUGGCCUCCAGUGCUGGCUUACUGGGCUCCAUUUUUGCUCCCAAAUGCUACAUCAUUUUGUUGAGGCCUGAUCUGAACAGCAAGGAGCAGUUAAUAAAGAGGAAUAUUGUGCCAAAGAACUACCAGCAUAUCCUGGCCUUGGUAUUUGCUGUCAAGGAGAUCAAUGAGAACCCCAAGAUCUUACCUAAUAUCACACUGGGAUUCCACAUCUAUGACAAUUACUUUGAUGAAAGGAUGACCUACAGGGCUGCUCUGAACCUUCCCUCCACACUUAUACCCAACUACAAGUGCAACAUCCAAAAACGCCUGAUGGCAGUUAUUGGGGGACUGGACUUUGAUACCUCCGUCUACCUGGCAAACAUCUUGGGCAUCUACAAGAUUCCCCAGCUUGGUGUCUCGGGUUCAGCUGAUGAUGGCAUCCCAAUGGCAGUACUGAAAGAAGAUUGA